AUGGCGACUUCUCGGUCUUAUCACGAUCCGUGGCGAUAUCAACUUGAGUCUGUUUUGGACGGCUAUGAUCUCUUUGGCCAUUUUGAUGGCUCCAACAUUGCACUGCCGAAAUUCGCAAUUUUGGAUGAGGAAUGUGUUACCUCUGAACUCAUUGCAGCCUACAAGGACUGGGUGCAGGUCGAUAAAGCACUUAUUAGCUUGUUGAUCGCCACGCUUUUUGAUGAUGCGCUUGAAUAUGUCAUCGGUUGCAAGACUGCGCAUUAUGCCUGGAUGAAUUUGACGGAUCGAUAUGCCACAGUCUCUCGUGCUCCCUUGAAUGACCUUCCUUCUAAGUAUGAUAUUAUUAGGACAGUCCUAGUUGCUCAUGACACUUCGCUUUCCUUCAAAGACUUUCACAAUCAAUUGCUUGCGGAUGAACAAGUUGCAGAGGCACGCGUGUUUUCUUCUCAUGCACCUAUGGUUGGCAUGCUAAGUCAAUCUUCUCCUUCUGUUUCUUCCCAUGCCUUCUCUUUUUCUGGUCAUGGUGAUGGUCUCCUUCCAACUCCUCCAAUGCCUCAUACUACCUAUAUGAGUUCGCAGCUAAGUCUGGUGGUGGUGUUGUUCCUGAGUGUCAGAUCUGCAGCAAGCGAGGGCCAUGAGGCUCUAGAUUGUUACCAUCACUCCAACUAUGUUUAUCAAGGUUCUCCACCACCUGCCUCCCUCACUGCCAUGGCGGCUCAGACUUCUUUCUCUCCUGAUGCUGUCUGGAUUGCAAAUAGUGGGGCAAGUCAUCACAUGGUACCUCAUAUGACAACAAUGGACUAUACUUUACCUUGCACCUCUUCUGAUAAAGUUAGAGUGGGAAAUGGGGAAGGUUUGCACAUUGAUCAUAUUGGCUCAGCUCAUAUUCCCACUACAAUUUCCUCUCUAUCUUUAUCUUCAGUUUUUCAUGACAAAGUCACCAACAGGGUUCUGUUCCACAUUAAGAGUGAUCAUGGCCUAUAUCCCAUCCCAUGCUCUAUCCCUUCUUUAACUCGUGUCGACUUGGACAACAAAUUCAUUCCUCGUUGUCGCACAGGCGAUUGGGUCAUCCUACUAAUGAGGUUGUUCAACUCAUGCUUAAGGAAGCACAACUCCCGGUCGUUUCAGAUUCCAUAUCUCAGAUGUGUUCUUACUGCUUGA